AUGGAGUCCGAGCGGCAGCAGAAGGUGGCGGUCGCCUGGCUGCUGCAUCCCCUCGAGGACGCGUACCAGGUGUUCUUGAUGAGCGUGACGUGCCACUUAAUGAUCAACGGGCCGGCGUCGCCCAUGUACCGCGCCUUAAUCGAGUCCGGCUUGGGCACGGCGUACAGUCCCGGCAGCGGCUACGAUUCCAGUCCCAGGACGGCGUCCUUCUCCAUAGGCGUGUCCGACGCGCGCGACGGCAGCGCGGAGAGCGUGGAGAGCGCGGUCUUCGACGCGCUGGCCGAGGUGGCCAAGGAGGGAUUUCCGCCCGCUCGUCUCGAGAGCGCGUUGCACCAGAUCGAGUACUCCAAGAAGAACGUCACCACCGGCUUCGGAAUCGAGCUCUAUUCCUCCAUCCAGCACCUGUGGAUGCACGGAGUCGACUUCUGUCCGCUCCUGUCCACCGCGAACUACAUAGCUCGCCUUCGGCGAGAUCUGGACGAAAAUCCUCGACUCUUUCAGCAACUAGUCCAGAGCUACUUCCUCGACAACACCCACCGACUCACUCUAGUGGUGAGUCCGGACGAGGCGUACUCCUCCAGGCUGCAGCUCGAGGAGGCUCAGGCCCUGGCCGAGCUCCGCAAGUGCUCCAGCGCUGCCGGCGACCGCGAAACCGACGACCCGUCUCCGAGUCGCGAAGAAGCGCCCGCAAAACCCUCACUCGACUCGACCCACCUCCCCUCGACUCAGCUGCUCGACCGCCACCGCCUCGACAUGCUCUCCCUGCUCGACCGCCACCGCCUCGACACGCGCUCCCUGCUCAAUCGCCAACUGCAGCACGACGCGAGCAUGCUGCCCAAAAUCCACUUCACCGAGCUCGACAAAGACCCGAGAAAACCCCCGACGAUUCUUCACGAGCAACUCGCUCUCCCCCCAGCCGGAGGAACCUCCAGGUCCAUCCCCAUCCAACAAGUCUACGAAGAACCCACCAACGGAAUCGUCUACCUCCGCUGCUCCCUGGACGUAACCCACGUCCCGUCCGAACUCCUCAUGCUCGUUCCUCUCUUCUCGUCUACUCUGGGAAAAAUGGCCGCCGGCCCGUACGACCACCACCAACUAGCCGAACUUCUGGAACUCGUAACCGGCGAAUUCCACGUCUCGGCCAACGUAAUAAACAACCACUCCUCCCUCGACCAGUACAACCUCCGUCUCAACAUCUACUCCUCCUGUCUCAAGAAAAACCUGUCACCAAUGAUCGAACUCUGGAACCACGUCCUGUUCGCACCCAACUUCUCCAACCUGCACCUCCUCAAAAUCAUCCUCGGCGGAAUCACUCAACAACUGCACGCGGAUCUCGUCGCCUCCGGCGACUCCUACGCCCGCUCCCUCGCCGCCUCCUCCCUCCUCCCCGGCUGCUACAUGGACGAAGCGUGGACGGGCAUCACCCAGUUCAACUACUUGAAAUCCCUCGACGACCACUCCUCCGACCUCCUUCAGACCUCCCGUCAUCUCUCCGACAUAUCCUCCCACGUCCUGCGCGCCAGCCCCAAAAUCGCCGUCAACGCCGAACACGACGUCUACUCUGACAUCCAUCGCCACCUCUCCAACCUCUUUCAACAGCUCCCCCCUCCCGUCGACCCCCUCUCCUCGUCCCCUCCCCCCCACCAAGCCCUCGGCUGGCGCUUCUCUCCGAAAAAGCGCUUCUUCGAGCUCCCCUCUCAGGUCAACUACGUCAGCCAAGUCUUCAAAACUGUACCCUACUCCCACCCCGACUUCGCCCCCCUCUGCCUCCUCGCCACCCUCCUGUCCUCCAACUUCCUCCACUCGUCCAUCAGGGAACAGGGCGGCGCGUACGGCGCCCACUGCGGCCACUCCAUGGGCACCGUCCAAUUCAGCUCCUACCGCGACCCGAACGUCGACUCCACCCUCUCCGCCUUCUCCCAAGGCAUCCAGUGGGCUCACCGCGGCGACUUCUCCAACACCCACCUGGAAGAGGCAAAGCUGCAACUUCUGGCCUCCCUCGACUCCCCCACGCCACCCUCCAGGCGCGGCAUAGACCUCUUCGAGUCCAACAUCUCCCACGACAUGCAGCGAACCACGCGACACCGCAUCUUCGACUCCACCAAGGAAGACCUCGUCCGCGUCUGCUCCGAGUACCUCCUCGGGCACCACAACGCCUCAAACAGCUCCAUCGCCGUCUUCGGCUGCGACCAAACACUCAGGUCCCGCCCCGACUGGGAGCGCGCGAAAUAAACGCCUCUCUCCCCCCCCCCCCCAAAAAAAAAAGUAGCGCACUCUUUCGCCCAAAUAAAGCCGAAGCCACGCGUCGCAAAGACGACCC